CACUGCCCAGGCCCAUUCAGUCCGGCCAGGACGGCGACGGUGAAGCACCUGGGUUGAGAGGGAGGAGCAAGGUAACAAGCCACCCCUGCCUCUCCCGUCCCCAGCCCGCGCCUCAGCUGAGGCAGGUGUGUGUGGGAUCCGGGAGUGGCUCUCACAGCUCAUCGCCCACCAACACCUUCCUCCCCCACCAUCCUUACCCCACCCAAACCACCUGGGCAAGACAACCCAGGUGCGAAAGACAGUGAUUCUGAAAGAAGAGCUAGCAAGUGGAGAAGAAAGAGGGGGAUCCUUGCGAAGGCAGAAGACGAGGGCACAGGCACAAGCACGUGGUCCUAAGGACUCCAACUGAGGAGGCUCUUCUGAUUGGGCAUCAGAUCUGGACGCCACCACUAAGACCUCGUGGAGAUCCCUGAACCAUGACCCAGACGGUCAAUGAAAGGGAGGAUCCCCUCAAUCUGGGCGGCGGCGGCUGGGCAUCCUCCAUCCCAUUGCGCACCUGGUCCUCCUACCAUCGAAGGCAGAGGGGCUCUCAGAUGUCCAAGCGGCGGUACCGCGAUGGCCCCAAAGCUGAGUAUGAGGCUACCAGGAAACAACCCAAGCAACAGCACAGCCCUGGCCCUUGGUUCCAACCACCUAGAGGGCCCUAUUGGGCUGUGUACUCCAACUGGGGGCGCUGCGGAGGGCCCUGGCGCCCACCCCUGAUGGCAUUCCAGAGCCCCUUGUGCCCAGCACAGAUGAUCCGGGCCUAUGGUCUGCUCCCACUCUGCCUUUGCUGCUGCUCCUGCUGGAAUGGGCCCUGGAACCCCUGUUGGGAAAGACCCCAGGGCAGAAAGAAACGCUGGGGCCGCAGGGGCCGUGGCCUGCGCCGCCACCCUCGUCGCCCCUUCCCGAGGAACCCACCUAUAGACCUGAGCAAGCUGCUGCGGCCAGUCAACCUUUACGGGUGGCGGGCACCUGGGAUGAGAGCGCCCAGGAACACCACCCAGUUCAUUAUGAACCAGGUCUAUGAAGAUAUGAGGCAGCAAGAGAAGCUGGAGCGCCAGCAGGCAGCCUUGAGAGCACAGCAAGCCCAGGCGAGCAGCACCACCCCGGGAGGCUCCACUACCAAUGAGGCGCCUCACAGAGGCGUCGAGGAAGACUCGCAGUUGCCGGAAGAUCUGUAUGGCUUCAUGCAGGAUCCCUCUCUAACCUUAAGUCCUGCGCCAGUGCAGCAAAUCCAGUCUCCCACCCCACAGCGGGGAGAGGAGGAGGAGAAAAAUGAUGAUGAUGAGUGUGACGAGGUUUGUGAUGAAAAGGAGGAGAGCGAAGAGGAGGACCAGGAAGACAGAGAGACAGAGGAUGAAGAUGUGGAUGAGGAAGAAGGCGAGGAGGCUGACAAUGGGGAAGAAGGAGAAGAGAACCAAGAGGAAGAGAUGAUGUUGGAAGAGGCGGGGCUGCAGGAGGGAGAGCAGAGAGAGGAAGACAAAUUCUUGCCUCUGGGAAUGCCUUUGUCAGUCCUAGUAGGGGACGAAGAAGAGAGAGAGAACUUUAUAAACUAUGAUUAUUUAAGCCAAGAACAAAUGAUUCCCAAUGUGCCAGAGGCAGAUCUGUUUAUGGUACCGGACAUUAGCCAUUAGUCAUCGGGAAGGGAACUGAGAAACGAAACAGAACUGAUUUGAGGCUAAUACGGAUUAACAACUUAUUAAAUACAAAUUCAAAAGUGAGUUCCAUUAAUAAACAUCAAUGUAAACACC